AUGUCUCCAACCUCCAGUCAACCUGCAUCUUCGCAAUCUUCGCAAAGUGAAGAAGACUUCUGCAAUGCAGCCAAAGAGGAAGAAGACAACAAAGAGAUUCAGCAGAAAGAAGAAAGGAGAGGUCGGGAGGAUGAAAAUUACAAUCCUUCCAGCUCUCAGCAAUACAGUUCCCACCCCAAGUCGUCACAGUCAUCUGAUGGGGCACAGGAGAAUCUCCAGAGAGAAAUGAAUAAUGCCGUGCGGGGUGGAAACCUUGGAGAGUUUGUCGCCAUUCUUCGUAGCUUGAUCGAGAACGGACAAUCUUCGCAGCUGGAGGCCGCGGUGAGGUUUGUUAGUGACAUUCUUGGAGGAGGUUGA